CAGACCUUAGAAAUCAAGGCGGGUGACUGAGACAGUGGCACAGACGGGACCGCCACUGCCUAAGACAGGGUUCUGGCUGGAUGGAUUUGGGACCUUAAGGAGAGCUGCACAUUGUGAGGAAGGACCCAUGUGACACCAGGUGUGGACGAGCCCCGCCUGGGCCAAAGUGUGCAGAGGAUGGGAACACUCCCCCAGCAAUGUCUCUGGGCCGCCUUCUUCGCCGGGCCUCCUCCAAAGCCUCAGACCUCCUGACCCUCAACCCAGGUGGUGGCAGUGGGCCCCCCUCUGUCCUGGAUGGAGAGAUCAUCUACUCCAAGAACAAUGUCUGUGUGCACCCACCAGAGGGGCUGCAGGGGCUGGGAGAGCACCACCCAGGGUACCUGUGCUUGUACAUGGAGAAGGAUGAACUGCUGGGGGCUACCCUCAUCCUCGCGUGGGUCCCCAACUCUCGGAUCCAGAGGCAGGACGAGGAGGCACUGCGUUACAUCACCCCCGAGAGCUCCCCCGUGCGCAAGGCACCCCGCCCGCGGGGCCGGCGAGCCCAGAGCUCCGGGGGCCUCCUCCAGCCCUCCCCCACAGAGCCAAGGCCCACCCUGGUCCCCAGAGAUGAGGACAUCCUGGUGGUGGCCCAGAGCCUCCAGGACGCCGUGCACGUCAGCCCCUCGCCCGAGGACAGGGAGAAGCUAGCCCAGGGCCUGGGGAUGGACGGCCCCCUCCCCACCUCGCAGCCGGCCCACAGCGACUCUGGGAUCUUGUCCACGGUCAGUUCGCAGGAUGGGACGGAGGAGGGGCGGGAGCUGCGGCCUGAGGCCGGCGAGGAGGAGGGCUCCUUGGAGCUGUCGGCUGGCGGCGUGAGCAGAGACAGCUCCUUCGACUCGGACUCGGAUGCCUUCUCCUCACCCUUCUGCCUGUCGCCUGUCAGCGCCGCCCUGGUGGAGAGCAGCUCCGUGUUCCUGGAGAGUGACAGUGGGUCCCCCUCCAGCGCAGACGCCCACCUGCGGUUCCAGGACAGUGACAGCCUCCUGCAGACCCCGCGCUGGGACGAGCCACAGAGGGUGCGUGCCCUGGAGCAGAUCUGCGGCGUGUUCCGCGUGGACCUGGGGCACAUGCGCUCCCUGCGUCUUUUCUUCAGCGAUGAGGCCUGCACCAGCGGCCAGCUGGUCGUGGCCAGCCGGGAGAGCCAGUACAAGGUCUUCCAUUUCCACCAUGGCGGCCUGGACAAGCUGGCAGACGUGUUUCAGCAGUGGAAAUACUGCACCGAGACGCACCUCAAAGACCAGCAGGUUGCCGACGAAAAGACGUGCAUGCAGUUCUCCAUCCGACGGCCCAAACUGCCCUCCUCAGAGACACACCCAGAGGAGAGCAUGUACCGGAGGCUGGACGUGUCCGCCUGGCUCGGGCACCUGAACGAGCUGGGCCAGGUGGAGGAGGAGUACAAACUACGCAAGGCCAUUUUCUUCGGCGGCAUUGAUGUGUCAAUCCGGGGGGAGGUCUGGCCUUUCCUGCUGCGUUACUACAGCCACGAGUCCACGUCGGAGGAGAGGGAGGCACUGAGGGUGCAGAAGCGGAAGGAAUACGCCGAGAUCCAGCAGAAAAGGCUGUCCAUGGGCCCCGAGGAGCACAGGGCGUUCUGGCGCGAUGUGCAGUUCACCGUGGACAAGGAUGUGGUUCGGACAGACAGGAGCAACCAGUUCUUCCGAGGCGAAGGCAACCCCAACGUGGAGAGCAUGAGGAGAAUCCUGCUGAACUACGCUGUGUACAACCCAUCCAUCGGCUACUCACAGGGCAUGUCGGACCUGGUUGCACCCAUCCUGGCCCAGGUCCUGGAUGAAUCAGACACCUUCUGGUGCUUUGUGGGUCUGAUGCACAACACAAUCUUUGUCAGCUCUCCUCGGGACGAAGACAUGGAGAAGCAGCUGCUGUACCUGCGUGAGCUGCUGCGGCUGACACACCUGCGCUUCUACCAGCACCUGGUGUCACUGGGCGAGGACGGCCUGCAGAUGCUCUUCUGCCACCGCUGGCUGCUCCUGUGCUUCAAGCGCGAGUUCCCUGAGGCUGAGGCCCUGCGCAUCUGGGAGGCCUGCUGGGCCCAUUACCAGGGUCCCCCUCCUCCAAAACCCCUGAGCCCCCACAGGCCCCACGUCAGCCCCUCACGCUGCGACUGCCUGCAGUCCCACAUGGCUGGCGUCAGACUUCCCGAGGAAGUGAAAUCGAUGCAGAUUGCCCACUGACUGUGCUCAUCACCACGUUCUGGGCUGAGCUUGCUCUUGUCACAGCCAAUCAGCGUGAAAGACAUUUCCGAGGCCAAACAGGCCCACUGUAGCCCUGCACGCUGGCGCCCACCCGCCUUCUCCCCUUGGGACAGCUCAGGGAAGGGGCCGAGAGCCCAGGACCAGCCCGCGUUCCCUCUCAGUGAUGUCGACUUCUAGUUGCCAUCCACCAUUAUCAGCGUCUCAUGAGUGUUCAGUCACUGGCUCUGUCACAUGGCUUUAACGCCCAAGUUAGUGACAAGCUGGCGACAUUAAAGGACAGACAAGUCUCUUUGAAUCCAUCAGCCUUUAAAAAAAAAUAGGGUUGAUGCAUCCGUGAGGUGGCCAGGACCCUUUUUGCAGGACCUGUUCUCACCAUGGCUGCUUGGAGGAUGCAAACCUUGCAGGUAGUCAGGCAUAGGCAUUUCCCCUCCUUUCUAAUGUCACAGCAGGGUGACAUCUGAUAAGAGAGUCUGAAGAAAAGUAGUGCUGGUGCUACCUCGGUCCUCAGCGCCUCCCACGCUCGCUCGCUCGCCUGGCCCAGGUCUGGCUUGGUCGCCCACCUGGAUUAGCCAGCUCAGCAACAUGUACGUUCAGGGUGAACUGUCUGCACUAAUCAGAACAAGUACUGGCACAGACGGUCCAAAACGCUGGAUCACAUUGUUUUUCCAUCGUGUCUGCUCUGCAAGGCCCCACUGCAUGUUUUUCCAGCAGCAAAAGCGCCACCCUCAUUAUUACAUCAUGUUUAGGCUAAUGUUAUACGUGAACCCUGAGCAUCACCCAACAGACGCAGCCGUUUCUCAUGGUGAUUUCAUCACUGUGCCCUGGUAAGAAUUCCAGGGUGGAGACCAGUUGGAACAACUCUCUUGGCCGCCAUUUUUCUCCAAGUCCACAAAUCAAGUUCACAUAAUUUUCAGACUUCGGACUACAUUUGGCCCUUCCCCUUGAUCAAAUUAUUAGCAGGGGAGUUUUGGGGUUGGGGGGUGGUAGGAUAAUGGUGGCGGGAGGGUGCGCCAAUUCCACAGCAGUGAGCUCUGCUGAAGGGGUCGCUACCACAUGGUGCCUUUGACUUUGAAAGUGACCCCUGAAUGAGAAAGGCUCUAGACUACCCACUUGCUUCCAGUUUGCCCACAGCAGCUGGGCUGUCCCAGGCUGUGUCCCCAGAACUGAAAUUAGUCCUGUACGUCUGUCCAGCCCUAUUUAGGCCACGUGCCCUCUUUCCCUCGCCAUGCUCCUCUGAAUACACCCACCUUCCUGGAACCCUUCUGCUGUCUUCCCACCCCAGCCAGAGUUCAAGUAGCUGCAGAACCCAAACAAGACCAUUCCGGAUUAGCUCGGAGGAAGGGCUGCAGUGUGGGGGCCCACAGCCUGGGGGGCAUUCUCUCCAGGGCAUGUGGGGCGUUGCUGCCAUAACCUCUGCCCGCGUUGUGGGCCCCACCCUGCCCUGUUUAGAAGCGCGGCUCCGUCUGGCUGGGUGGUCGACACUGGGAGACUAGACCCGGGCUUCCUGGUGCUCCUUGUCCUUCCUGUGCUCCUGGAAGCGCAUGUGAACCAAAGGCCACGUGCCCUCAGAGCAUCCGGACAGGACGGAGCAGGAUGCACCAAGGUCAAGACCAAGCGCCGGCUUCCUGCUGCGGGCCAGGCGUUGCCACUCCAUGCCGACCGUCGGGGGGCUGCCAUGCUCACUCUUAGCAUCUCCUUCCGACUUUCUUGGCGACAAACCUGAGUCCUCUCUGGGGCAGGAGUUGGGACGUUUAGCCUGAAGGCAGGAGGGCGCUGACCAGUGGGUGGCUGCCAGAGGGUUCUUUCUCGCUGGUGUGUUCACGAGCCACUGGGGUAUGUUCUGACCCAGCCUUUGGCACUCACUGUCCCUCAAGACUGUUGCCAGUAAGCCUUCAGAGUGAGCACGGGCCAGCCUUCAGAGGAAGUGUGUCCUUUGCCCCCAUGUCAGCGAGCACCCAAAGGCUCCCCAAAAGAGCAACCGCAGCCCAAGGGAGGCCAGCGCCAGCAUCUCUUCGAGUGUCAUGGCAGCUUGUGGUACUGGCUGUCACAGGAACUGACAAUUGGCUCAUUUGCGGGUAGGAAACAGGAGAAAGGUUGCGUGGCUUGCCCAGGGCCACGUAAUGCACCCGGACAGCCUCACUGCACCUCUGCACUCAGCCUCCACCUGGAGGCAGGGCCCGGGGCCGGGUGAGAGGCCUUGUCUGAACCCCACUCUCCACACC